CGUAGCGGGCAGCGUGAGCGAGGGGAGGGAUAUGGCCUUCGCGAUGAGGUUGUCAUUCCCAUUCGUCUACCGCGGCCUAACCCUGUUUGCCGACAUGUCCAAGGUGCCUGCUGCCCAAGACGACGAGAUGAACGCCGCGCAGCUCAUCGGCAAGUUCACCCUCAAGGAAAUCGGCUCGGGCAAGAGCGUGACUGUGGAGUCACUGUGGCGUGACCAGACGUGUGUGCUCAUGUUUUUCCGCCGCUGGGCAUGCCCCUUCUGCCGCCUGGACGCCGUGCGCCUCAGCCACAUCAAGCCGCAGCUAGAUGCUGCCGGCGUGCGCCUCGUUGGCAUCGGCCACGAGAACGUGGGCCUCGACGACUUCCGUCAAGGCGAAUACUUUAAAGGAGAACUUUAUGUCGACGAAGAGAGGAACACAUACAAGGCCCUUCAAUACAAAAGGUUCAGCUGGUUCACCAUCAUUCCUGCGAUCCUGACAUCUUCAUCGAGAGCCAAGGCUGCUGAGGCCAAGUCCGAGAAGGUUGGGGGUGAUCUGACCACGGGCGACGGACUGCUAAUGGGCGGCACACUCAUCGUAGAGAAAGGUGGCAACAAAGUGCUGCUCAACUACCAACAGGAUACACCCGAGGGCUUUGUUGGCAACAGCGCCAUCCUGGAUGCUGUGGGCAUUUCACGCUGAGCCAUGCUUCUGGUCCUGUGCUAUAAAUGCACUGUGUGUUAUGCCUUUUGGCUUCUUCUUAACACUCACCCAUGUGCUGAACUUGCAUCUACACUUUUCACUUUACUGGUAAUGUUCAGAUGUGAUUGAUAAAUAGAAAUGUAAAGUUAAACGUUAAGCUUUGUACAUGAAACUUGAUGGUGCUAUCUUCUUGCGCCUGCCAGCUUCAUGCACACGAGUGUGGCAAGGUGCCAAUAUGCAAACACUUUAAAUGGCCAGUAAACAACCGUGCAGUCCAAAAUUUGUAAUCACCUCCGCUUUUGUACAUUGUGGACAACCUAACAGCUGCCACAAGAACUUUGUAGAAAGUUACUGGGUUUGAAACAACCCAGUAACCUCUCAGUAACUUCCCAGUAACAUUGACAAAGUGGGCAUAAUUGUGACAAGGCGCGUUGUCCGUAUGCCCACUUCAUCAAUGUAACAUGGUGUCAGUGAUUUGUCUUCAGCACGCAGCCAACAACCAGCAAGGCUUCUACAGUGCGAGAAGUACGAGGCACUGCUGAGGUAGGCACUCUUCCCUUUGUGAUAGUAACAAGGCCAGCCCAUCUCGAAGGCUUUUGUUCUGGCAAUACCACUUCUCACGGUAGUCUAGGACUUUACAAAACGGUGAAGGGCAGCUCAAGAAAAUGAAAUUGCAUCACUGCCGGGCCAAGGCGGCAUUUUGUAUUAAAAAAGACCAAUUGAGAUGCUAAGUGGUGCAUUACUGCACGCACGAGCAGAAUUGAAUAGACAGUCGUGGGAAAGAGGCACAAUCAUUGUUUUUCGAAACGGAGGUUCUGCUCUGCACACAACACUGUAAUGCAAAAUGUGACCGCUAUGGUCUACUGUAAGAAUUAGUGAGCUUGUUUGGGGGGAUGUAAAAAAAAACUGAAGCCUCUUUACUGACCCUUUAAGGGAACACUUGAUAAACAAUGUGGGCAGAAGUUGUGCAUCGCUUUUCUUUACUGUUAGUCUGUGCAAUUAGCAUUUCAUGCAUUCUUCUUUUUACCUACUUCAAGCUCGUUGUUGUGGGAUGAAGAGUGCAGACAAGAGAUAUAAUGAGCUAUCGGGCCAUCAUCAACAGUGACAUCUCUAUGAGGUCGAAACACAGCAUGAACUUUGGUUUAAAGGGACCUCACAGCACUUUUUCUAGCGGUCAUCGAAUGACCAGAUAUAUUCUCAGAAUCCGUCAAGUACAAGCAGGCACACUCUUCGAGCUCUUUUCAGCAAAUGCACUGAUAAGUGUAUGACAGUGCACAGGAAGCUACAUUCAUGCAGCAGUGACACUUUUUUUAUUAAAUGUAUAUGUGCCAAUGCGUGGCACCGGCUACUCCUCUUCUCUUGCACAAAAGCCGAAAUCACACAUUAUGUAGCAAACACAAUGCUAUACAUAUGUACAUAGCAAAACGCUUACACAAUGAGUUCACAUUUUUCAACCCUGAGUGUCGACACCACACAGAAAUGUGUCCACACUACAUAGAAAUGUGUCCACACCACACAGAGUUUGUAAAAACACAAGUAAUCACGCCAAUUUAAGUGUUCACACAAAACACGAAAGUUGAUAAAAUGUCUAAGGCGAUCUUGUCGCUUAAGUACUGAACUGUUUUCAGAAAGAUUUUUCCAAAAAUAUCGUAGGGAAACACGAAAACACUGUUUUGAAACAUUCCAGUGGACAGUGACGAAGUACUUUUUUUGUUUAGUACUUUAGAGCAAUUUCUGAUUUCUCAAGAAAGUGAACGACUGCACGCGCUGCAGUGGCUUGUAGCUUUCCUUUUGGCCAUGGACCCAAGAUUUUUGCAAUUGAUGGAGGUCGCUUAUCCAAAGAAUUGAGUUUUUGAAAAAGGUUCUUUCGAGGUAUGUCAUGAUUUUUACAAUGCAGAAGAAUGUGCUCCGCGUAUUCUUGAGCUUCUCCACAUGAGCAGGUAGGACUGCCAGCUUUCCUUAUUCUAUACAGGAAGGCAUUCGUGUAGGCUAUGCCAAGUCGAAGCCUAUGGAUGACUGUUUCUACUGAUCAGCUAACCUUUAACGGAAUAUUAAAUUCUAUACCGGGAUCAAUGUUAUACAAUUGAGAGUUUUGCGCACCAUUUUCGAAUCAGGUUUCCAUAGUCAGUUGACAGCUCAGCUUAUUUAUUAGACAUCAUGCAUCGCUCAUCGAUACAGGUAGCAGUGAUAUAUUAUUUUCUUUAUGUGCUGCAUGUGCAGUGUCAUCAGCUAUGUCGUUUAUUAUGAUUCCACAGUGGUUUGGCACCCACUAGAACAUUAUGGUGUGGUUUAAAUCUUUUGCUAUAGCGUACGUCCUCUGCAUUUCAUAUGCGAGCUCACUAGCUUUGUUGCCCAAGCUGAUUCCUUUUAAAGAAACUAAUGAGGACUGUGAGUCACUGAUAACUACUCAUAAAAAUGGACUUGGCUGUAGACGUAUGAAGUGUAAAGAACAGAGUAUUUCAUCGAGUUUCGCCGUUGUGAAUGUUGUGAAAUGACUGAGUUUAAAAGCUUUUCUCGCUUGGUAUGCAGGUACGAAGAAUGCCGACGUAGAGCUUUGAUUCAGACAUGAUCAGUCGGUGUACGCAUGAAUAUAGUCUUCAUAAUUGGUAUAAAGGUGUGUUAAAGUUUAUGACAAUUAUAGGCAUAUCAUUCUUACAAUUUAUUCCCUGAAUCGAAGUUGUAAUAUCUGGGAUAGAGUCGCCAUGGUGGGUGGGUUGCACAUGGAGGCCAGUAUUUGUGCGUAGGCAGUAAAAUCUUGAAUUCUACUAUAGUUUUAUGUAUUCUUGCAACUGAUAUCUCCUGAAUAGCUUGGUGUAGGGGAUGAUUAGCAUGUUGAGUUGCCAACCGAAGAUAAUGCCGGCACGUUUUCGUAAGUCUUAUAGCAUGGAAAGUCGGUUGACGAGACUCCGCAAUUACCAAAGCACCGGCAGACGCUCGCGGUAUACCAAGACAUAUACGAUGGCUUCUGGCCAACAAUCUUUAAAUCCUCUCCUCUAGGUUGCGUGAUAUCUCAUGCGAAACCGGGGCAGAGUAAGCUAUUCUUUGUCGAAUUAUUGCUGAAUGUACUACAUGCAAUAAAGAACAUGAACUACACCAUCUCACUCCGUCAGUCGACGUAAUAUAUUGAUUAGGGAGUUGGAUUUGUCCUCUAAUGAUUUUAUCUGUGGAGCCCAAGACAGACGUCUGUCUAAAAUAACCCCUAGAAAUUUGUGCUUUCACACAAGUUGUAAGGGCUUCAUUAGUCCUUCCUUUCUUUGCACUUUCAUUGCGACCAUACUGGUUUAAUUCUAGCACUCUACAGCAUGAGCAUGUCAUGGCAGCAGCCGUGGCAACUCGUGAUGUUCAAAUUAUUUGUAAUCAAAAUUAUGGCUUUAUUUGGCUGGUGAAGAGUGAGCAAUUUCCAGCUGACUUGGAAACUUGAUUGUUGCUGCACCCCAUGGCUCACAGGAGCCUCGACCAUUAAUAGGCAUCAUUUUCUGACCAUGUUCAGAAUCUUCAGAAAGAUACAUCCUUGUCCUUGCACUCGUCAGAGUGGGAAUUGUUCUCUUUGAGUAUGAAGGAAAGAGUAAAUUUAAGGGCUCGUUUUCUUUGUUACACAUUAUUAUUGAGAACUAAGUUACUAUAAUGCCAGGGAAAGAAUAGCAGUGGUUAUUAGAAAUUUUUGUAAUGUAAAUGAGAAGAAACAAAGUGGAGAAAAUGAUAACUUGCCACUGGCAAGAUCUGAACCUGCGACCUUCAAAUAACGCAUUCAGUGCUCUACCACUGAGCUACAAUGGUGGUUAUCCCUCUGUCCACAUUAUACGGUAUGUUUGUAUUCGUUCUCAUUAAUAUUUGUGUAUGUAAUUUACACAUAUAUAUCUUUACUGUUUCACUUUUAUUUAAAACUACUGUUGUACGCGCAUGUGCAGUAAGGCUGCCUUGGGCAUUUAUACUUGCAUUGACAGCUGAUGGAAUAAAAAAAGCGGUUGAUAGUCGGCA